AUGUUGAUUCCGGUUUGCAACGAACGUUUGCCGGUCAGGCUUGAGAUAUGUGUUCAAUCCGCAAAAGCUUUACCGGUUAUGAACAAGAGUAUAAACUCAACUGAUGCAUUUGUAGAAGUUCGAUUUUUGGAGACAGUCGAUAAAACAGAGGUCAUAACCAGUUUAAAUCCAGUCUGGAAUAGUGAACAAUUUGUAUUCGACACAGAUGAAAAAGAACUAACCGAAGAAUGGCUACAGUUGCGAGUUAUGGACCAUGACACGUACUCCGCUAACGAUGCGAUCGGAAGAGUCAACGUCGACUGCAACGUGUUCUUGGAAAGAAUGAGAUUAGCGAAAUCAGAAGUUUUUGAAGAAACGUUCACAAUGAGAGUCUACGAUACAAUUUAUGGAAAUCGUGGAGAACUUACGCUGUCUAUAAAAAUGCAUCUUCUUAUGCAAUACAACCCAAAAAACUAUGUUCAAAUCAUGUCAACGAGUUUCGUUCCUACAUGUCUUCGAGUAUCGGAUAUUUUUGGAUUGGUCGAUAACAUUCGAUGCGAAAAAGAUCCGGACUACGAAUGGCUUGACAAAAUUCGAACACCUCGAGCUACAAACGAAGCAAGACAAAAUGCUAUUCGAGUCACUAUGCGAGAUGCAAUGAUGGGAAUUGCACAAAAAGCGUACAAAAUGGGAGGAAAUGCAAUUAUUGGGGUGCACGAGUCUGUGGAUAUGGAAGGGUCCGCAUCAGAUUUACUCACAUGCCGAGUGAUUGGAACAUGCGUGAAAGUAGUUCAUGGCAACUUUCAACCAGCGCCAUAUGGGAAACCGAUUAAACCUAUUUUGACAAUUGACAAGUUACCAGCAGAGAGACAAGUUGGUUUGGGCUCUCUUCUGACGUGUCGUUCUAUACAAAUUCUGAAUGAGGAUGAAAAUCCGGAAACCGUUCGUCGCGAUUAUUGGGUUGCAUUGAGAGCUGAAAUCUUUCAACAAGCAAGAAGUGUUGGUUGCAAUCUGGUUGUUGGAUACUCAGAGUCUGUUAAUGUGAAUGACUCUGUUGCACUACUCACCUGCACCGGAACAGCCAUUGUGUUGUCUGAUGGAAAUGAACCAGCCAACACAAAUAAUGGUCCAAACGAGUCAAGUGCCAGAAAUAGUCCAGUCGUCAUCAGAGAUUCCAGUGAGAAGGAAAUAAAAGAGAAAAAGGCGUUAUUCAAGUUCAAUGGGUCUGAAGGACGAGAAAAACGAUCAGACUCAGCUCCACGAGCAUUUCGUUGCAAUCAAUUUCAUUGUCCGAAUCAUGAAACAAAAUACCACACUCCGAGCAAAACAUUUGCUUGUUCGUACUGCAAAAAUGGCCUUGUUGGAGAAUUUAUUUUAUCCACUCAACAAUGUCCACCACCGCAAUACUACGCUGGCCCACGCAACUUCAUUCAAGUCUCCGUUUGCAAGAAAAUAGCGAGUGAUCCGAAUGAAACGUCAGAUUACGCUGCAGACAUUGGAAACGCUCUGCCAUACUCUGACCACGAGUUGAUUGGCAACUUGCUGACCGAGGCGAAAAGUGUUUAUCCGUUGGGCAACGCAAUUUUCGCUGUCGACAUCACAAAUGCUGUUUGCGAUGACUCCCUUGUGUGCAUCAUUACCGGAGUUUUGGUUCGCCUUCUAGUCAUACAGAAAACCGAAGCGGCAUCCCCGUCAAUCACCAACGUACUUUCAUUUUCUUCACUCCAACGUCAGCACGACGCAAGACGAUUUUCAUGGGGCACAGUGAGAGAUGCUAUCCGAUUCAAACCGACCGUCCAGUCGAAUUUGACAUUGAAAAUUCUCAACAUCAAACAAUCAAUGGACGACAAUAAUUCUUCGUCAGCAAAAAGUCGCCUUCGACUGAAUACGAUCGUUGAUAAGGUGCGGAGAAAGCAACACAAGGAAUACGUGUCGCAUGUCGUAUUUGAAAGACAUAUGAGUUUAUCAAUAGGAAUACAUGAGAAUCAAAGCGCAGGAAAUGCAACAUCGAUUGCUGGAGUACAUCUUUCAAACUCAUUAUAUCCACAUUUUGUGAAUAAAGAUGUCAUAGAAGGAAUGUUGCCAAUUGCAAGAUUUUGUGAUGUUUUCGUUAGGGAGGACUUGACCACCGCCGUCCGAGAUUCGACAACCGUCGACGGUUUCGUAACUAAUGCGCUGGAGGAACGAAUAACAACCAUAAAGUCAAUAUUAUCUCUCGGAGGAUCAAAUGCAGUUGUGGCAAACAUGAAAAUUUCAUGUCCACAGUUUAAUGUUUCCAAAGAACAUGCUCAUAUUAUUCUUUUAGUCAGUGUUGAUUUUUAUAAUUUGCCGUGA